AUGACCAAAGCAGAGUUUAUUGAAUGGUGGCGACAAACUAUACAUGGUGGCCAAGAAGAUAUCCAGAAGAAGAUCCGGUGGGAUGCGAAGCAUAUAUCAGAGGGCUGGAAGCAGUUUGAUCAGGUAGCGCAUUAUACUACCGGAGAGCCACUGAUUCUAUGCCGCCUUUGCGGAAUCAUACUCCCUCACCCUAUGUCUAAGCCAAAUGGCACUAAUACUAUCAACCGCCAUCCAAACUCCGCAAAAUGUCGAUAUCCACCAGCCUCGAGUACCGGUGUUCGAACAAGAGCGAUGGGAGAGAGCGCAGAUCGACCUUAUCACAGCGCUUAA